CCCUGCAGUCAGCGGCAGCACUCGAGAGGCGAGUUUGAUCUCCGAAGUGUCCAUCUCAUCGAAGCCUUUCAUAUUGCCGCCGAUUUGGAAGUUCCACCGCCAUCGUAGACACGAAGACUGCUAAAGCAAAAACCUCCCAAUAAACCCUAAACGCCGGCGAUUCUUCUUCGGCGGAGAGAAAUCUCUCUUCCAGUGUAAGUAAUGGGACUUCUGCCGGACGAAACUAGCCGUCGAUGAAGCGCCGACCGACUUUUAUUCGACCCAUCAUCAUCAAUUUAGUUCCUAAACCUCCGUGGUUCCACCUAUAUCAUUCGCCCACUGACCCAAUCGCCACUUCCAAUGAGGUAUUCACCAUCGUCGAAACUGUCAAUCCUUUCGAAGAUGCAUUGGAACCCAUAGCCCCUCAUAUGUCGCCCGAUGUGAUUACCUCCGUCAUUGAGGAACAGCCGAAUCCCCGACUUGGAUUUCGACUCUUUAUUUGGUCGUUGAAGAACAAGCGCCUGUGCUGCAGCGCCUCGCAGAAUUUGAUCAUCGACAGGUUAGUCAGGGAUAAUGCCUUCGAAUUAUAUUGGAAAACUCUUCAAGAGCUUAAGGAUUCUGCAGUUACAAUUCACUCGGACGCUUUCUCAGUGUUGAUCGAGGCAUACUCAAACGCGGGCAUGGAUGAAAAAGCUGUUGAAUCGUUCGGUCUGAUGAAGGAUUUUGACUGUAAGCCCAACAUUUUUACUUACAAUUUGAUUUUGAAUGUUUUGGUGCGAAAAGAAGCAUUUCCGUUAGCAUUAUCGGUGUAUAAUCAGAUGCUGGAGUGUAAUUUUAGACCAAAUGUGGUUACAUACAGCAUUUUGAUUCAUGGACUCUGUAAAACUAGUAAAACUCAAGAUGCCCUUGUACUUUUUGAUGAAAUGAUCAAUAGAGGGAUAUCGCCUAACGAGAUAACUUAUUCGAUUGUUCUUUCUGGAUUGUGUCAAGCUAAUAAAAUUGAUGAUGCACAGAGGUUGUUCAAAAAGAUGAGAGCUAGCGGGUGUAGUCCAGAUGAAAUAACUUACAAUGUUUUGCUGAAUGGAUUUUGUAAGUUUGGUUAUUUUGAUGAAGCUUUUGCAUUGUUGCAAGCAUUUGAAAAGGAUGGCCACAUUCUUGGAGUCAAUGCGUACAGUUGUUUGAUUGAUGGCUUGUUUAGGGCUAGGAGAUAUGAUGAAGCACGGACAUGGUACCAAAAAAUGUUGAGGGAAAACAUCAAGCCUGAUGUUAUCUUGUAUACUAUUAUGAUACAGGGUUUAUCACAAGAAGGCCAGAUUAAUGAUGCCUUGGCAUUGUUGGGUGAGAUGACAGAAAGAGGGUUUAGUCCGGAUACAACUUGUUACAAUGCUUUAAUUAAAGGAUUUUGUGAUAUGGACCUUUUGGAUAAGGCUCGGUCUCUUCGACUUGGGAUCUCGAACCAUGACUGUUUACCUGACAAUCACACUUACUCCAUUCUCAUUUGUGGUAUGUGCAGGAAUGGGCUAAUUGAUGAGGCACAAUAUUUAUUCAACGAAAUGGAGAAGCUUGGGUGCCUUCCUUCUGUUGCGACCUUCAAUUCUCUCAUUGAUGGACUUUGCAAGACUGGAAGGAUUGCUGAAGCUCGCCUUUUAUUUUACAAAAUGGAGAUAGGGAGAAAACCUUCUGUGUUUCUUCGGCUUGCUCAAGGCGUCAAUAAGGUUCUUGAUACUGCUGGUCUCCAAGUUAUGGUAGAACAAUUAUGUGAGUCAGGUAUGAUUCUUAAGGCCUACAAGCUUCUUAUGCAGCUUGGUGAGAGUGGGGUUUUGCCAGAUAUUAGGACUUACAACAUUCUAAUCAAUGGAUUUUGCAAGGCCAACAAGAUUAAUGGUGCUUUCAAGCUCUUCAAAGAUAUGCAACUCAAAGGGCGCUUGCCUGAUUCAGUUACCUAUGGGACUUUAAUCAAUGGGCUCCAUAGAGUUGGUAGGGAUAAGGACGCUCUAGCGGUCUUCGAUCAAAUGGUAAAGAAAGGGUGCAAACCUGAUUCUUCUGUUUACAAGGCCAUCAUGACUUGGUCGUGUCGAAAAAAGGAUGUUUCACUUGCUUUUAGUGUUUGGAUGAAGUAUCUGGGGAAUUUUCGUGGCUGGAAAGAUGAAGAUGUCAAAGUAGUAGAGGGAAGUUUUGAUAAAGGAGAGCUUGAAAAGGCGAUCAAGAGACUAAUUGAAAUGGACUCGAAAUCAAAAGACUUCGACUCAUCUCCAUACACCAUUUUCCUCAUUGGACUGUGUCAGGCACAGAGAGUUUCUGAAGCCUUUGCGAUAUUUUCUGUUCUUAAGGACUUCAAAAUGAAUACAAAUCCCGCAAGUUGUGUGAUGUUGAUUGGUGGGCUUUGCCUGGAAGAAAAACUUGACCUGGCCAUCGAUGUUUUCCUUUAUACGCUAGAAACAGGUUUCGUGUUGAUGCCUCGAAUUUGUAACCAACUGCUGAGGCAUCUGCUUCUUUCUGAGGACAGAAAGGACCACGCUCUCGUUCUUAUACGAAGAAUGGAGGAUUUUGGAUACGAUAUGGACGCGUAUCUUCACUACAGUACUAAGUCGCUUCUUCACGAUCAUUGGAAAUCAUUGAAUGCCAAAGCCUUCACAUCCAGAUACACGCAACGAUUGCCAAUCCACAGCCAAGAAUCCUAAAUGCUGCAUUCCCUCUGGUGGGAAAAAAGAAGAGGACCUGGUGCAUAGUUUUUAGGAGUUAGUCCUCUUCCCUAACUUAGCAAAGUCCUUACUCGCUUAAGACCCCCAGUAAUCGAGAUUUGGCUUGUCAAACCGAUUUCGGGUAUGUACCAGUAGCAAGAAUGUCGAUACUUUUCCAUUCAUACUUCACAGUUUUGUACAACUAUCUAGUAGUGUACUUGGAAAGUGUAUGAGAUUCGUUAUUUGAAGGAUGGCUUUCAGAAAGCAUGGCAGAAUUAUUUUUAUUGGAAGCUUUGGAACUGGCGUUUUGGAAGCUUUUUGUUGUCUGAUAACUGUGGUCAUUGGGUCUAUUUGUUGAGAUGAGAAUUAGAACUUGAUUCAAAGAAGUAUCCCAUUAAGAGAGAUAAAUGCAUCGGAGGAAGAGAAAGAAAAUAGAAUAAAUUGAUUUCAAUGGUAAGUAGUUAUCUCCUAGCUACCCACCGGUAAUCACCUAAAUUUUAUCUCUUACAUUUUAUCCUUAUUUGUCUGCUGUGAGCAAUGGCACGAUCCUUAUCGAAAUUUUCUUGUAGCUUGCCUUGCUAGGAAACUCAGAACCAUUUUGCCUUUUCAAAAAGAGGAAAACAGUGACGAUA